AUGCAGUCCGUCAUACGCAAUUUUGAGGACCGCGUCGAGCAGCAGAAGAGGAGCGGGGAGAGAGCGCAGCUCAAGGCCCUUAAGAAGAAUGUGGGGCUCAUGGUCUUCGUGCUGCUGCUCAUGGGCGCGUUCACGAUCACGAACGUUGUCCUGCUGCAGAGCAUGAUCCAGCCCUUCGGUAGUAGCGGGGAGGAGUCGUCGCGGUUCAUCGGCCCCCUGCUGCGAGAGCGGCUGCGAAAAAAAGGCACGAAGGGCAGUGCAGGACCCGGGGUGUUCCGCCGGGCCGCGAACAAGACCUGGAGCGUUGCCAAAGGGGCCGCCAAGGGGGCCGCCAAGGGGGUCAAGAGGCUCGUCAGGCGGGUCGGCCACUUCCGGAAGGCGGACGCGGGGCCCGCGAAGCCCUCCCCGACCAAGCAGCUCCACGGCCCCUCGGGCGACGCCAGGGCGGCGCCCCCGGAGGGCACCGAGGCUGGCGCCGCUCGCCCCGCCAGCCCAGCCGCGGUGCUGGCGGGCGGCCCAGGCUCGGGCGCGGCCGAGCCAACCGGGGGCGGCGCCGUGGCGGACCCCGGGGCGGACGCGGCCGAGGCAGCCCAGGCCGACGGCCCUGGCUUGGGCGCGGCCGAGCCUAGUGAGGACGCGGCCGCUGCAGCGGACCCAGGCGCUGCCGCAGACGGCGCCGCGGAGGACACCGCGGCGGGCGUGGAGGGCGCCGCGGGCGCCGCGGAGGGCGGCGCAGAAGCCGCCGCGGAGGGCGCCGCGGACGCCGCUGGCGCUGCAGCGGAGAGUGCCGCAGAGGGCGCCGCGGAGGCCGCGGAGGGCGCCGCGCAGGGCGCCGGAGGCUCCGCAGAGGAGGGCGCCGUGGAGGGCGCCGCGGAGGGCGCCGCGGAGGGCGCCGUGGAGGGCGCCACGGAGGGCGCCACGGAGCGGGGCGCAGGCGCCGCCACCGAGGGUGCCGCAGAGGGUGCCGCGGAGGGCGCGGCGGGGGCGGCGGAGGGGGUGCCCAGAAGCGGUGCCCUGCGCGGCUCGGGGGGCGCGGCCCAG